UAAAUCGACAGUCUUCGCUUAAAAUCUUGUCAAUUCAGCUGCAAAAACAUUUUCGUGUGCAUUUUAUUGUCUAUAAAUUGCCCUGCUACCUUGAAAUCCAUUCUUUCUUACCAAGAAGAACGACUGUUGGAGAAAUAGUAUUUUCAUAAUUUUACCCGUGCUACGAUUGCAAUUUAGACGAGCUAACAAAGCAUCAUGACUGUUCACGAAUUCAACGUGGAAAUGACUUGCACCGGAUGUUCGGGAGCGGUUGAGCGAGUACUUGGCAAGUUGAAAGAAAAAGUUGAAAAAGUCGAGAUAGAUUUGGACAACAAAAAAGUUUUCGUCACUUCGGCUAUGUCGGCGGAUGAGCUGUUAGAAACGAUCAAAAAAACAGGCAAGGAAACAAGCUACGUUGGAGUUAAAAACUAAACCGAACCGUUGCGUAGAAUUCGCGCGUAUCGUAGCGAGAAUUCGUGGCAAAAUGUUCAUGAUUCGAACAUCCAUCACAUAAAGUUCCAUUAGAAGAUAUAUUUUACGUAUUUCUGUUACCUAUAUGCAGUAAUAGUAAACUCUUUCCGUUGACUAAUCGCUGUGUCAUCAAUUUACUAACCCACUCUAACGAAAAUACGGUAGAGGUAUCGUAAAAGUGUAUCAAAAUAAGCAAUUAAUGUUGAAAAAAAGACAUUAAAAAA